GAAAGAGAACAGACCAUUGGAUGACUGGUAGCAGGGAAGACCUUGGGCUUAAGUAAAUAUUACAUCUCUCUCAGUAUUUACAUAUGGACGUGUGUGUCAGAUUUUGGAUGAGAGCACUCCAGGCCACCAGAGCAACAGAAGCCUUCAAAAGAUACCCAUGAUGGAGGGCGAGGGACAGGAGAAGGAUGCAAUGGAAUUGCCUCAAGAGAAACCAAAGAACCAACUUCGAAACUGCUAUCGCUGCCUCCCGCUUUGGGUAGUCUUGAUGUUGUUGGGUGGAGCUAGUGCCAUAACUUGGUACUUCUUAGACUAUAGACCACGUCAUCUUCUGGAGUUGAAUCCCCUACAUUUCUACUCUGGCAGUCUAAAGAUUCUCAAUCGUCAAUAUUCCCUGGACCAUGGGCGGAUGGAAUCUAGAGCCUUCUGGACAGAGACAACAAAGGCACAUAAUAUGUUAAAAGAUGUUAUUCAUGCCACUGAUCUAGCUCCUUACUACAAUUCCAGUGCUGUUUAUGCAUUUGGGGAGGGAUCUCUCACCUGCUUCUUCUGGUUUGCCCUUCGACUCCCAACAAACCAACAUGAGAAGAUGACUGCAGAGAAAGUGAAGGCCAUACUCUAUAGAGAGUUACUCACCAGUUUCAAUAAAACAGGUCAUAUCUCCUAUCAGACUGAAUACCGAGUUGACCCCAAAUCCUUGGUUCUUCUAGAAUCCAGUGUGAAAGACAUAAUAGUGCUGAAAUCCACAUUGGGCUGCUACAGAUACAGCUACAUCAGGGAGGAUGCAAUUUUAAAGCUGCGGGGCCCAGAUUACCUCGCCUCCAGCUGCCUUUGGCAUCUCCAUGGCCCCAAAGGUCGCAUGAUCAAGUUACGCCUAGAAUGGACCCUCCCAGAAUGCAGGGACCGACUGGCUAUGUACGAUGCAGCUGGACCUCUGGAGAAUCGGCUCAUCACAUCGCUGUAUGGCUGCAGCCGUCAGGAACCUGUGGUAGAAGUCCUGUCUUCAGGCCCUGUCAUGUCUGUAGUGUGGAAGAAGGGGAUGUACAGCUACUAUGAUCCUUUUAUACUGACUGCCCAGGCUGUGCCUUUUGAAGCCUGUCAGAUGAAUCUAACACUGCAGAAAAGCUGGGAGCUGCAAGGGAACAUCAAGACUCCUUACUACCCCAGUUACUAUGCACCCAAUACCCAGUGCACUUGGCAUAUGAUGGUCCCAUCUCUAGAAUAUGGAGUUGUCCUUUGGUUUGAUGCUUACACUCUCAGGAGACAGAAAUAUGACCUCCCAUGUACUCAGGGACAAUGGACCAUCCAAAACAGGAGGCUGUGUGGCCUACGGACUUUGCAAGCCUAUGCUGAACGGAUCCCUGUAGUAUCCGGCGCUGGUGUCACUAUCAACUUCACUUCCCAGAUCACCCUAACUGGGCCUGGUGUGCAGGCUGCGUACAGCCUAUAUAAUCAAUCAGAUCCCUGCCCCAGAAAGUUCCUUUGCUCAGUUAAUGGACUGUGUGUGCCAGCUUGUGAUGGCAUCCAGGAUUGCCCCAAUGGACUGGAUGAGAGAAACUGUGUCUGCCCAGGGAGAUUCCAGUGUCAGGAAGACAGCACCUGCAUUGAGUUCUCUAAGGUCUGUGAUAAACAUCUUGAUUGCAUCAAUGGCAGUGAUGAGGAAGAAUGCAAUGAAGAAGUUCCCUGUGGACUUUUCACUUACCAGUGUGCUGAUGGGAGCUGUGUGAAGAAAGUGAACCCCCAGUGUGACUCGGUUCCUGACUGCAAGGAUCAGUCUGAUGAAAUGCUCUGUGAAUGUGGAGAGCAGGAGGUCUCAACAAACCGGAUUUUGGGUGGCACUCAUUCUGCGGAAGGGGAGUGGCCAUGGCAAGCUAGUCUGCAAGUUCGUGGGCACCACGUUUGUGGUGGAACUUUAAUUGCAGAUCGCUGGGUGAUCGCUGCUGCUCACUGUUUCCAGGAAGACAGCCAGGCUUCUCCUACUGUCUGGACUGUCUAUCUUGGCAAGCAAUUUCUGAAUGUCAGCAGCCCCAAUGAGGUCUCCUUCAAAGUGAGCCGCAUUCUGCAGCACCCCUACUAUGAAGAAGAUAGCCAUGACUAUGAUGUGGCACUUCUGCAGCUUGACCAUCCAGUUAUCUUUUCUGCCUUCAUCCAUCCCAUCUGUCUACCUGCCAGCUCCCAUCUGUUUGAACCUGGCCUUCUGUGCUGGAUCAGUGGCUGGGGGGCAGUCAAGGAAGGAGGCCAUACUAGUAAGAUCUUGCAAAAAGCAGAUGUUCAGCUAAUACAACAAGACAUUUGCAAUGAGGCCUAUCACUACCAGGUCACACCGAGAAUGCUUUGUGCUGGCUACCAUGAUGGCAAUAAGGACUCUUGUCAGGGCGACUCUGGAGGACCUCUUGCUUGUCAGGAAUCCAGUGGCAAGUGGUUUCUAGCUGGUGUGGUAAGCUGGGGAAUGGGAUGUGGUCGUCCCAACCACUAUGGAGUCUAUACCAGAAUCACCAGUGUGAUGGAAUGGAUGAAGCAAACAAUGUUCAGCUGAGAAGUACCUGGGCCUCUUUCUGUCUUUGCGAGAUGCCGCAGACUGACCAGAGGAGCCACCUCCAGCCCUCACUCUACUUUUCCAGUGUUUGAAGCUGUAGGGAUACCCCAUACAAAAUCCUACCUGAUAUUCAGGCACUGAUUGAAUCUUGUUCAUAUGUAUUAACAGAAGGAACUUUAAAAGACCAUUAAUGGAAGGUGAGACAGAUUUUUCAAAUCAAAAAAUGUGGAUUUUACAAUGAAAAACAAUGAGAUGUA